AUGUCAAACCGUUUGAUGAAAAACAUCUUGGAACUUCUGGAGGCUGAGCAAGCAUCCAGAGGGUCCAACAAUGGAACUUUAAACUCAUUCAACAACCAUGGCGGUGGGAACCAGAAUUUCUCGAAUGCAAAGAUCAACAGUGGUGCAUAUGCAGGUGAUCGGAACAGGUAUAACUCCUCAAAACACUACGGUGAACGCGUUAUUAACAACAGUGGUACUUUCAAUGGUAAUGGCAACGGAGGGUACAUCGAGGUGAUGCCUAAACCUUAUUAUCUUGUAAUGGUGGUGGUUAAUGUAAUAAAGACCUCUGAUGUUGCAGUAUAUUUCUCCGUUUAG